GUUAGCCUUUUAGCCUGCACACCACGGAUUGCGGGAAGACGGACAGAAGAGAGGCGUUUCAUUCAAAGGAUUCUUGAAAUUUCUCCCCGUCCCCCGCUUCAGAAGACACACAUCCCGAUAACACGGCGUUGUUUGUGCCACAGGAGCAAAAAACAACAACCGGAGAAGAGCUCUUUUUAUCGGCGGUCUCGUCUGUGAGCGCACGCACGCUGAUGGCGGUCACUAUCGAGGAUCUGUAUCGGAGCUACGGGGUCCUUGCUGACGCCAAGGACAACCUCAGUCAGCACAAAGAUGCCUACCAGGUGAUCUUGGAUGGCGUGAAGAGCGGCCCGAAGGAGAAGCGCCUGGCGGCACAGUUCAUCCCCAAGUUCUUCAGCAGCUUCCCGGAACUGGCCGACUCGGCCAUUAACGCCCAGCUCGACCUUUGUGAAGACGAGGAGGUGUCGAUCCGACGACAGGCCAUCAAGGAGCUUCCGCGGUUUGCAACCGGCGAGAACAUCCUCAGAGUUGCAGACAUUCUCACCCAGCUCCUUCAGACAGAUGAUACAGCCGAGUUCAACCAAGUGAACGGAUCUCUUAUUGCUAUCUUCAAGAUAGAUGCUAAGGGUACUCUCGGAGGCCUCUUCUCUCAGAUCCUGCAAGGAGAGGACAUCGUGCGGGAACGGGCCAUCAAGUUCCUCUCCGGCAAACUGAAGACCCUGCCCGAGGAAGUCAUGACCAAGGAGAUGGAGGAUUACGUCUUUGCAGAGACUAAAAAGGUGCUGGAGGAUGUGACCGGAGAUGAGUUUCUGCUGUUGAUGCGCAUCGUUUCGGGCCUGCGGGUGCUGCAGACGGUGAGCGGGCGGCAGCAGCUGGUGGAGCUGGUGGUGGAGCAGGCGUUCCUGGAGCAGGCCCUCAACCCGGCCGAGCUGGACACCGUUGACCGCCUGCUGCAGUGCACACGGCAAGCCCUGCCCCUCUUCUCUAAAAAUGUCCAUUCCACGCGUUUUAUAACCUACUUCUGUGAACACGUCCUGCCCAACCUCAGUUCCCUGAAACAUCCCGUGGCUGAGCUGGACAUUCAGUUGGAGAUGCUGAAGCUGGUGGCUGAGAUGAGUCCGUUCUGUGGAGACAUGGAGAAGCUGGAGCCCAACCUCAACACGCUGUUCACCAAGCUGCUGGAGUUCAUGCCUCUGCCGCCGGAGGAGGCCGAGGACGGAGAGAGCGCCGCCACCGAGGAGCCCAAACUGCAGUUCAGCUACGUGGAGUGUCUCCUCUUCAGCUUCCACCAGCUGGGCAAGAAGCUGCCGGACUUCCUCCUCGAGAAAGUGGACGCCGAGCGCCUCAAAGACUUCAAGACCAGGUUACAGUAUUUUGCCAGAGGCCUGCAGGUUUACAUCAGACAGCUGCGAGUGGCACUGCAAGGGAAGUCGGGAGAUGCUCUGAAGACGGACGAGAACAAGAUCAAAGUGGUGGCCCUGAAGAUCACGAACAACAUCAACGUGCUCAUCAAGGAUCUGUUCCACAACCCUCCGUCAUUCAAGAGCUUAGUCAGUCUGUCCUGGAAACCCAUCCAGAGGUCAGAGGCCCUAGCGCCGAAGCGUCCGUCCGCUGACGAGAUGGGCUCCAGCGCCAGCACCAACAAACAGGUGUCCCCUCAGCCCCGGAGGGAUGCGCGGCAGAUCUACAACCCGCCCAGCGGCAAGUUCAGCGCCACCAUCGGCAAUUUCACCUCUGAGCAGCGCGGCGGCUUCAGGGGCGGACGAGGACGAGGCUUCGGGGGCCGAGGCAACCGGAGCCGAGGCUGGAUCUACUGAGAACCCCACACACACACACACACUGCUCAUUGAACUGCAUCACAUCAGGAUGUUUUCCACACCAAGAUGGAAUAUUUGGCGUCUAACUCUCCUUUUUAUAUUAUUUUAAAUGGUCUUCACGUCUUUUUCAUCAUCAACUCGUACAUCCAGUUUUAGUUUCUUGGAGAGGGGUCAUCGGAGGGGGGAGGGUUGUUUCCUGUCUUCAGGAUAUCACACAACUGGCGAUGUCAUUUCUAAAUUCACUCCAUCAUCCUCCUGCCCCAGGCGAUAGUUAACGUAAAUCUAGAUGUUUUCCCCCCCACAUUUAAAAAAAUAUUAUUCUGUGUAUUUUUGUGGAACAAAAAAAAACCUGCCACGUUGUAACUGAUGAAUAUUUUUGUCGGAUUGUUGUAGGAAGAGAUAAAAGAUCCUCUUGUUUGGAACAUGUUGAUGAAUGCAUUUCUUUCUCCCUUUAUUUUAUCUUAUUUUUAUUUUUUAUUCGAACAUGAGUUGAAUUGGCUGACUGCUACUUUGUAUGACUCAAUGAUGUUUCAUUGGAUUUUUAUCAUAAACUUGUAUGGAAGUAUAAACCUUCUUGUCCUUCUUACUGGUUUUAUGGUAAAGUUGGCAGGAGUUGAGCUGAAAACUAGCUUUUGGGUAUUGAGACAAAUAUUUUAAACACUUAUUUUUUUCCAUAAUUCAAAUCGUGCAUGUUUCCUUGUGUGUAAUUUUGAAGUAGAAAAGAGUCGAAUCGGGCUCUCGAUAAAAAAAUAAAAAAAAUACCUUCCCUU